CCCGGAUCCCCAGGUGUGAGCCUCUCCCUAUGACUAGCGGCUCCUCGGUUCUUUCUCUCUCUCUCUCUCUCUCUCUCUCUUUUUGAACACCCCACCUUCUCCCUCUCCCUUGUCCUUUUUUUAUUUUAAUUUUGUUAUUUUUACCUUUCGAGUUCAUUGACAUCUUCGUUCUGCUCUCUCUCUCUCUUUUCUCCUCCCACCCCCCCCCAUCGAAACCGACCCUAUUUGUUUUUUUUGGACAUCAAUAAUUCAUUUGCCAAGCGAGAAAGGGGGAAAACGACGAAGAAGGAACAUUAAAGCGAGAAAAUGUCGGGCCAGACGAUCACGGACCGGAUCGCCGCAGCUCAGUACAGUGUGACCGGCUCGGCCGUGGCCAGGGCUGUCUGCAAGGCGACCACCCAUGAGGUGAUGGGACCCAAAAAGAAGCACCUGGACUAUCUUAUUCAAGCCACAAAUGAGACCAAUGUUAAUAUACCUCAAAUGGCUGACACACUCUUUGAGAGAGCAACGAACAGCAGCUGGGUGGUGGUGUUUAAGGCUUUAGUUACUACACAUCAUUUGAUGGUCCACGGCAAUGAGAGAUUUAUUCAGUACCUGGCAUCCAGAAAUACUUUGUUCAACCUCAGCAAUUUUUUGGAUAAAAGCGGGACACAUGGUUAUGACAUGUCUACGUUUAUUAGAAGAUACAGCAGAUACUUAAAUGAAAAGGCAUAUUCCUAUAGGCAGAUGGCAUUUGAUUUUGCAAGAGUAAAGAAAGGGGCUGAUGGUGCAAUGAGAACUAUGGCUCCAGAAAAAUUAUUGAAAGGCAUGCCAAUACUGCAAGGGCAGUUGGAUGCACUACUGGAGUUUGAUGUCAGCCCUGGUGAAUUAUCAAAUGGAGUAAUAAAUGCUGCUUUCCUGCUACUUUUCAAAGAUUUAAUCAAAUUAUUUGCAUGUUACAAUGAUGGAAUCAUUAAUUUGUUAGAAAAAUAUUUCGAAAUGAAGAAGGGACAAUGUAAAGAAGCAUUGGAAAUUUAUAAAAAGUUUCUUACUAGGAUGACAAGGGUCUCAGAAUUUCUUAAAGUUGCUGAACAAGUGGGUAUUGACAAAGGUGACAUUCCAGAUCUGUCUCAAGCAAUACACUGGAGAAUUCUUGCUGACCUUAAAAAUUCUGACAAUGAGAGUUCACCUUUUAAAGACUGUACCAUUGAUAAUCCGGCUCCUAGCAGUCUUCUGGAAGCACUUGAGCAACAUUUGAAUACACUAGAAGGCAAGAAAAAUGCAUCGGGCAGUAGGACUUCUGGAGCACCACAGGGAAAUAUGGGUUCACCAGAAAAUACCGGAUCAUCCCCCACUUGUAGUCCAGCAAAGGUGGCCGAUACAUCUGCAGUAGUCGAUUUGUUUUCACCCCCACCCUCUGUAGCUCCAAUGAAUGCGUCUAAAUUAUCCAGUGAUCUUCUUGAUCUACAGCCAGAUUUUACAUCUCCAGUGCAAUCAACAGUGACUGCUAAUCCACCAACCAGUGCUUGGGGAGACCUUUUAGGUGAAGAUUCUUUGACUUCUCCUGCCCUCCCUAAUGCCUCUGAGGCACAACCUUCUGAUCCAUUUGUAGCAGACGCUUCCCUGACCACCCCUCCUACAUCCGCUGAUACUUCUACACCUGCAUCUGCUCCCGCUACUGCAGCGACAACCAGUGAUCUGGAUCUUUUUGGAGAUGCAUUUGCAGCUUCGCCUACUGAAGAAUCAACAACAUCUGAAGGGGCAGGAGCAGCAGCAGCCCCUGCAGCAGCAGCGCUUGAUGCAUGUGCUGGAACUGACCCUUUUGCACCAUCUGAAGGUAGUGCAGAGGCUGCUGCUGAACUGGACCUUUUUGCUAUGAAGCCCGCUGAGGCCAGCGUUCCUGCAACUACCCCCACUACCAGUGCAACCACCAGUGCAACUACCAGUACAACUACCAGUGCCAUUACCAGCACAACAACUAGUGUGACUACGACUGAGACUGUUACUGUUACUGCUACUGCGACUGCUACUACUAUUACUGCGACUGCUACUACUACUCCUCCUACUACUGCUCCUCCUACCACUACAACUGCUGAUACUCCUGUCACCACCACUGCACCUGUUCUUGAUAUUUUUGGUGAUUUGUUUGAUUCAGUACCUGAACCAAAUGCAUCUACAACUCCCAAACCAGAAACAGCUCCUAGUGUAGACCUGUUUGCAUCAGAUGCUUUUUCAACCCCUUCUCGUGGGGCUUCUCCUUUGCCUGAAAAUAGUCUUACUGCUGAUCUGUUAUCUGUUGAUGCAUUUGUAGCACCACCACCUACAAUCAGUGCCUCUCCUGCUAAAUCAGAAUCUUCAGCUGUAAUUGAUCUAUUUGGUGACGCUUUUGGUAGUUCUGCUACUGAGUCUCAGCCUGCCACUCAGGCUGUUUCCAGUUCAUCUGCUUCUUCGGACUUACUAGCCGGUUUUGGAAAUACAUUUAUGACCCCGACAACUACACCGAUGCCACCAGCACAGAAUAAUGUUUUGCAGCCUGACUUUGAAACAGCAUUUGGUAUGACUGCUACAAGUAACACCUUUGAUUCAUCAGUUUUUGAUGGCUUAGGUGACCUCCUUAUGCCCACAAUGGCGUCACAGAAUCAAGCUGCACUUUCAGGAAUGCCAGCACCAGCAGGAACACAGCCAGUGAAAAGCCUAGGGAGUGAUCUUGAUUCUUCACUUGCAAAUCUUGUAGGAAACUUGGGUAUUUCUCCUACUCCAGGAAAGAAGAGUGACCUUCAGUGGAAUGCCUCUGAAAGGAAAUUGACAGGAGGAGCAAACUGGCAGCCAAAGGUUGCUCCAACCACAGCUUGGCCAGCAGGUUGUCCGCCCAGCAACCAAAUGAAUGGUUGGCCAAUUCCAAGUUAUGGAGCUGUUCCACCUGUAGGACCUCCACCCACUGCACAACCAGUACCUGGAUUUGGGAUACCACCUGCAAGUGCAGGUAUACCCAUGAUGCCUCAGCAGCCAAUGAUGUAUCCUCAACCCAUGAUGAGACCAACAUUUGGAGCUGGAGCAGUUCCCGGAGCACCGCUUUCCCCAAGCCCAACGCCCGCCACUCAGAGUCCCAAGAAACCUGCAACAAAGGACCCUCUAGCCGAUCUAAACAUCAAGGAUUUCUUGUAAACAAAGCUACAGUUCUUGCGAUGAUGGGAAUGCUGAAGGUGACAACAGUUGAUAUCGAAUACCCCAAGCAAUCCACCAGUCAUGUUUCAAUGCUUAUUCAGACUUCCAUAUUGUAAAAGGUGUAGCACAACUGUGAAAGUAACCCUUAGAAAUGUGUACUUUUUGAUGUUAUGCCCUAAGCUGUCAGGAGUUGUGCAUUUUGGAUUGUGUUUUGCAACUUGAAGAAUGGGUGUAUGUUUCUGAUGCCUUUUAGUGCUUCUCUGUACCUAACUUCAUGGUUUAGGUUGCAGAUUUGCAGCUGUUGUGUGAUGAGCCACUUGGAGUCAUGUGUUUGUAUUCUUCACAGUGCAAAUGUAUAUAAUUUCAUUGCAGAGCCUAGUAUGUCAUGUCUGUUCUGUAUACCUAUUAGCUUAUAGUCAUGAUUCUAAUAGCAACUUACAUAUAAACUAAUGUGCUCACACCCAUCGAAUCUUAAGUCUGAAGUUUUGUCAGAAGCAAUUCACAGCUGCAAAAAUUGGGUUAAACAUUCAAUCCAACUAUUUUUAAGAAAACACUUGUGCAUUACGUUCAAAAUUAUUUAUAAUUCCUUAAAGUAAUAUAAAUUGAUGUUAAACUUCCAUAGUCUGCACUUAUCUUGGCAUAAAGGUAUUACUUGACAAAAAUGUAUGCUGUUUGCCAAGACAGAAAAUGUUAUCUAAAUAGAUCUCAUAUUUAUAUCUAUUGGUAUGUCCAAUUUCUGUAUUUAAUUUCUUUUGUUUUAUGUAUUCUUUGCUUAAUGGACCAGAAGUAAAAUAUUGGACACUGAGAAUGCGUAUUUUGGAAAAGACGAUAAUGGGUUUGUGUUCUCAGAUGUCUGGUCACUAUGAGGGAUCACAAAGCAGUUCAAAUGCACUUUUUUUCCUUCUUGUCCAGUACCAACUUUUUAAUCUUUUUCCAUCCAGCAAUACCAUUUUUUUUUAUUUGGAAGUCCUUUUUAUCAUUAGUGUUGUCAGUAUGUUUUUAUAUGCAAAUAGAUAAUCUCAAACAAUGUCCAGAAUCUCUCCUAUACCUUUCCACCCUUACUGGAAACAACAUGUACUGUGUGAUUCCCAGGGAAACAUCCUAUUGUUUCUGAAAACUGCUUGGCAAAAGGUGUAGGCACCAACAAAGGAGAUCACUGUUGAUCAGUGGAAUUUAGUGUUCUCAGGCAUGGCAGCUGUUUUGUAAAAAUGCUAUGCAGUUUGAAAGUGUUUCAUUUAUGUCUCUUCAGAUCUAUCAGUAUAUCUAUAUAUUGUACUAUUCCAAGUAAACGUAUCUGGAAUUAAUGUGGAAAAAUGCAUUAUAUUUAAAAUAUUACUCUUUUUAUUUAAAUUUGUUUGAUUUUUUUUGUUUAUGAUCCAGUGCAUGUAUGCCCUUUGAAAUGCAAUAAAUGCGUUGAACAAAGUAAAUUUAGACAUGCUUGUUUUGCUAAAAUAGUUGUGCUAUAUAAAAAAAUUGAAGUCUGUCACUAGACCUGUUCAACUUAUUGCAAAAAAAUUGUUUAAGUGCUGUUUCUCUUAGACUACAUCAGGUCCUUGUCCUUAUUACCCUGUCCUGGAAUUUUAUGCUCCUUCACUGAACUUGAGCCUUUGUCAGUAGUCAUCAUGGGACAUGAAGCUAUUUUUGCAUUUCCAACUUGGUCCGUACGACCUGUUGAAGAGCCUUUGAUAAUCUCCUGCUCUGCUAAUAAAAGGUACUUUCACAGAAUUGGGGUUUUUAGCCUCAAAGUCACCAUGUUCCUUUGGGGAAACCUUGAUAAUCAUGCCAUUUAAUGCAUUGCAUGAACACCUGCUAAGCAAUUUUCUAUGUCAUUUACUAAUGAAAACUUCCCUAUCAGCAGGUAAAACCAAUCAAUGAUGUGAGAAUAAUCAGAUUAUUUAGGAUGUAAAGGAAUUUUUAUUAUAAGUUUGAGUGUAGGAUUUUCUCAUCUUGUAUAAAGCCACUGAACAGCUUCUUCAGAUUUUUAAACACCUUGGAUCAGACAUGACAUGGAGUUUAUCCUGAGAGAGUUUUUGAUUGCUUGCAUCUACUUUCCAAAUGGAGUCAUGUUAAUUUCUUAGAGCUGUGAAAGCAAAACUUUAAUUUGAAAUACAAAUUCUUAAUAUGAAGUAAAAGGCUAAAUGCACUACCUGUAAGAAACCUUAAUCGUUAACAUUUUGCUGUGUUCAAAGGGUUUUUUGAUAACCCAAUGGUAUUGCUGUCGAGGUCUCAAGCCAGAUUACCCACUUGCGUGAACCUGAGCAGAAGAUAGUAGAACUUGAUUAUAGAACCUGGGAGCAGGAUUGAUCGAAUGUGCUCUACCAUUUAAUUAUACGGCUGAUGAUGUUGAGAUAACAAAGUGUGGAGCUGGAUGAACACAGCAGGCCAAGCAGCAUCUUAGGAGCACAAAAGCUGAAGUUUCGGGCCUAGACCCUUUUUCACGAUGUAACUUUUUGGCAUAGUUUAGGUUAGUAAGUAAAUGAUUUCUAACAGUAGAAUCACACCUAGUGCUGGAAAUACUUUUCUAAGGCUUGCAAGCAUAGAUUGACUAUCCAUAGUAGGAAGCAUUCUGAUCAAUGUGAUAUUAAAUAGGGUCUGCCAGUUAUUGGAAGGUAUGGCCUAUAUACCUGGCAUCACACCAGCACUGAGACUUGUUCUGCUAAACAUGAUAAAUAGCUCCAAACACAUUCUUGCUGAAAAUGAGCAGUUAUUUUCUGUAGUGCCCAGUUAUUAGGUUACCCUGGAAAAAGAAAGUGUCAAAAUUUGGACUAUAGGUGAAGCUAGUUGCUUCAUGUUGCUACUGUGCAGUAAAUCAAUGAGUCGUAUUGUCCACUAACCAUUGCAAUCAAGUCCAAAAGACAUUUCCUAAUACACAAGUGAGUAAUGUCAUGAGAUUUGAUGCCAGUGUGAUGUUCUGUAUGUAGGCUUCAGUAACUGGUGGUCAAUAACAAAUAAUGCAUCCUGUUGACCAUUUGCAGUGCACAGUCUGUCAAUUGUGCACAUCCAGCCGGUGCUUGCAAGCUUCAGAAAAGUAUAUCCACCAUUAGAUGUGAUUCUGCUAUUGUGAGGAGUUACAACAGAAACUUUAAUAUUAAUCAGUUAGACUUGCAGCGUGUUACAUUUCCACAUACUAGAUGUUACAUACAUAAAUAUCCAGGACUGUAUUUGGCAGAAGGAAUUUAUGCAUUGAAAGCAACCUUUUUGAAUAAAAAGGCUGUGGAGACAGCCAGUUACUGCUGCAACACCAUUACCAUGUCUUGACCAAUUAGAAACCACCUGCCUGAUCUGAGAAGACUGACAGUUAACUGUUCUUUCUUCCUCUCUGCCAGUGACAUUCCAAUGAGCCAGCAGUCUCAUGCUGUAUAAAAUGGUAAUCUUUUGUAUAAGUCUUUCAGCCUACUUCUGCUCAGUGUAAGACAAAAGACUUCUUGUGUCGUUUUCAGCAAAGGUUUAAAGUUUGUACUACCAAGCUUUUUGGUUAGUCUCACUGUUCUUUGCUCACCUUCAGUUUUUGUUUUAAUCAUCUACCACUUCCCUUUUGAAACAAGUAUUGUAUGUGGUUCCUUCAGAUAGUUCACUUCAAAAUUUCGUUAUCUGAUUCCUUUUUCAAAAAAAUGACUCCACUUUCUUAUUGCUGUCUGCCAAUUAACUUAAAUCUGCCCUUUUGUUACUUACUCUACUGGCAAUAGAAGUGUUACUCCUUAUUCUACUAAAGACCUUUGGAAAUGAUAACAGCAGCAUCUCCUGUAAGUCGUCUGGGCUCUUGAUCUCAGUCUUCCAAAUUCUUGAUUUUUUUUUAACAGAAGAAAUAAAUGGGCUGUGAUUUUUCAAUAUAAGCACAAGAAAUCAUCUUACAGCAGAUGUUAUUGUUUUAAUAACAUUUAAGUAGCUUUUUAAGCUUAAGUUUUAAAUGCUUGGUUAUGGCUAGGAUUUUUCAUUUUUUUUGGCGGGGGGCAUGGAUGUAACAAGGAUGAUAGAGCAGUAAUAAAAGGACAGUGUAGUGAUUUGAACACAUCGCUUUGAAGUCAUUGGGUCCAAUUGUUGGAGUAAGCUACCGUAUAAAUACUGUGGCUGCAAGAGCAGAGCAAAAGCCUAGAUAUGGCGGUCUACAAAUAGGACAAAUUCAAUCUAGGUGGUCACUGGGGACUUGAUCACCACUGACAUACUGUGAUUGUGCAAUCAAGCUAUUCCUACUCACCACUAUUCCUGUUCUCCGGUGCUCUAGAUUUCAUUGUUACAUUGAUCAAGAUUAGGAGAAAUAAAAGUUGAAUUCCAGAAGUGAGGUGAAAGGAACUGCCUAAGGCAACAUUUGACUGAGCUGGUGGGAUCAGGGGAAGAGGGAAUGGGAAUUUCCAUCGUCAGGAGUCACAUAACACAAAAUUGUGGUUUCCAAGGCCAUUCAGUUUAACCCCAGAACAUCGUUGCAGGUGUUCAUUGGGAGAGCAUCCUCAGCCCAACAAUCUUCACCUGCUUUAGUGAUCUUCUCUCCAUCAUAGGUCAGAAGUAGAAAUGUUUGUUUUUGGUGCUGAACAUUGCACAUUCAUAACUCCCAGAAGCUGAAACAGGCUGUGCCCAGCAAGACCUACACAUCAACGUGGGCUUGGCCUGAUCAGUAGCAACAGAGAUUUAUGCCACACAUUUAUGACCCCCAUUUCAACAAGACAGAGCAGUCUUCCCCCUUGACAUUCAAUGACCUAGCCAUCGCUCAACCUCCCACUUUCAUCAUCCAGGGGGUUACAAUUGACCAGAAACUGAACUGGACUAGCCAUGUGAACACUGUAGCUAUGAGAGCAGGCCACAGUCUAAGAAUCUUUUCAGCCAAAAGGGGUGGCCGUGGGUACCCGCAUGGGCCCGAGCUAUGCCUGCCUCUUUGUAGGAUACAUGGAACAAUCCCUCUUCUGCAGCUACACUGGCCCCAUCCCCCACCUCUUCCUCCAUUACAUCAAUGACUGUAUCGGCACCAUGUCGUGCUCCCCCAAGGAGCUCGGAACAGUUCACCCACUACUGACACUUUCCACCCUAACUUUAAGUUCACCAGGACCAUCUCCAAUACCUUUCUCUCCUUCCUGGACCCCUCUGUCUCCAUCUCUGGUAACCACCUGGAAACUGAUUAUCUAUUUCAAACCCACCGACUCCCUCAGCUACCUAGAAUACACCACCUCUCACCCACUCUCCUGCAGGAAUGCCAUCCCCUAUUCCCAAUUCCUUCACCUCCGCCACAUCUGCUCUCAAGAUGAGGCAAUGGAUUCCCAGACGUCCGAGAUGGACCUCGUUUUUCACGGACUGCAAUUUCCCCUCCACAGUAGUCAAAGACUCCCUUGACUGCAUCUCUUGUGUUUCCCGUACCUCUGCCCUCACACCCUCUCCCCACGAUAUCAACAAAGACAGAAUUCCCCUUGUCUUCACAUCAUCCCAUUAACCUCCAGAUUCAACACAUCAUUCUCCUCCACUUCCACCAUCUACAAUCUGACCCCACUGUAAAGGAUGUAUUUCCCUCCCCACCCUUAACUGCCCUCUGGAGGGACCACUCUCUUCGUGAUUCCCUUGUCCGUUCCACACUCCCCACCACACCUGGCACUUUUCCCUGCAACUGCAAGAAGUGCUACACCUGGCCCUACACCUCACCCCCAUCCCAGACCCUAAGAAGACCUUCAAGGUUAGCAGAUGUGCAAGUGAACAUCUGUUUAAUGUGGUAUACUGUAUCCACUGUUCCCGAUGUGGCCUCCUCUACAUCAGAGAAACCAAGCAGACGCUUGGAGACUGUUUGUGGAACACCUACCCUCGGUUCCUGACUAAUGACUGCACCUCCCAGUUGCGAACCAUUUCACCUCCCCACCCGCUCCUCGGACAACUUGUCCAUCCUGGGCCUCCUACAGUACCACAACGAUGCCACCUGAAGGCUGGAGGAACAGCACCUCACAUUCCGCUUGGUAACCCCGCAGCCCAAUGGUCUCAAUGUGGACUUCACAAAUUUCAAUAUCCCCAGCGCUGACCUCGUCCCAAGACCAGCCUGUCUCGUCCCCACCUCCCUAACCUGCCCGUCUUCCCUCCCACCUACCUGUCCAUCACUCCCUCAAUCCCAACACCCCCAAUCCCAACUCCCUACCUGUGCUCACCUUUACUGGCAUCAUCUCCGCCUCCUUGACCUGUCAGUCUUCUCUUCACCUAUCAGCACUUCUACCUACCUUCUAUCAUCGCCUCCCCCUCUCUCUAUUUAUUUCAGAGCAGCACCUACUCCCCCAUUUCUGAAGGGUCCAGAUUCAAAAAGCCAGCUUUCCUGCUCCUCUGACACUGCUUGGCCUGCUGUGUUCAUCCAGCUCUACACCUUGUUAUCUUAUUGCAGCCAGUACUCCCCCAAUGAUUCCCCAAAAUCUGUCCACAAUCUACAAGACAUAAGUCAGGAGUGUGAUAGAAUGCUCAUUACUUCCUUCCGUGAGUGCCAGCCAGUUCUGCAGUUAUUGUUCUAGAAGUCAAACCUAACCAAAGUUGUUGUAUUGCUCCUUUUGAUCAUUAUUGCAAAGCAAUGGAUUUUUUUAAAAAAAAUCUGCUUGAAAUAGGUGCUGAAAUAUUCCGUAGUAAUGUAAGUUUUCAUUAACUGCAAGUCAGAAUGCAGAGUAUGAAGGUAACCUUAUGAGAGUGUUACUGGUGGGGAAUCUGAAGCAAAUUGGAAAUUAUAAUGAGUGGUUUGAAAAUCAUAGCUUACUUGCAGUUUGCCUUUGCACAGACUGGAUGAGGCAGCCUGCUAAUAAGUAUAGUUUCAUAAUUGCUCAUGCAUCUUGUUCAUGUAUUCUAUUUAUAAAAUUCCUUUUUUGGGGGUAGGAAAUUAAAAUGUAGACUCCAGUUUUCGUUUUAAUUGGAAGUUAGAAAGAUCUGUAGGUUGGAAAUUGCCCCAGCAACGCUCCUGUGAAAUGUGUACUCGCUGGGCCAUCUGUUUAGUGGUUGAGUCAUCUUUCUGAAAUGUCAAAAUGUUUCCUGAAAACAUCACAUCUCUUUAAAUCUGUGCUUCUGUUGAUUUUUUUUUAAUGGAAGUCGUGGAAAGGUUGCAAAGGAGCUGAGCUUCAUCAGCGAAUAUAAUUUGGGUAUGAGACGUUUCUGUGAGUAAGUGAUAGUCAUCAAUUUUUGCUCUGUCUGCCAAUGACUAGAUAAGGAGCAGAAUUAGGACAUUUGGCCCAUUAAGUCUGUGUUGCUAUUUGGUCAUAGCUGGUAUGUUUUUCAACCCCAUUCUCUUCUCCCUGUAACCCUUGAACUCUUCAAGCAAGAACUUACCUAUCUCUGAUUUCCUCUCUGCUUUCUGUGGCAAUGAAUUCCACAGAUUUAACAACCCUUUGACUGAAGAAAUUCUUCCUCAUCUGUUUUAUAUGGGUCGUUCCUUCACUCGGAGGAUGUAUUGUUGGGCCCUAGUCUGUCCUCCUAAUGGAAACCUCUUCACAUCCACACUGUCCAGGCCCCUCCAAUAUUCUGUCAGUUUCAAUCAGAUAGCCCCUCAACCUUCUAAACUCCAUUGAAUUCGGACCCAGAGUCUUUAACUGCUCUAGGUAUGACAAGUACUUCAUACGUAGGAUCAUUCUUGGAAACGUUCUCUGGCCCCCUCCAACACCAGCACACCCAUCCUUCAACAUGGGGCUCAAAACUGCUCACGGUAUUUCAAAUACAGUCUGACCAGAGCCUUGUACAACCUCAGCGUACAUCUCUGCUUGUGUAUUCUAGACUUGGUGAAAUGAAUGCUAAACAUUGCAUUUGCCUUCCUGACUAUUACAUGAUCCUGCAUGUAAACCUUAAGACAAUCCUCAAAUAAGUCUCCAAAGUCUGUUUGUGCUUCAAAAUACCAAAGCCUUUCCCCAUUUUAGGAAGUAGUUUUAUGCCUAUAUUCCUCAACAUUACCUGUCCCUCCACCUGUCUUUGUGUCAUCUGCAAAAAGGCUAAUAAGCAGCCUCACUAGUAGUCCUUAAUUGAGUCCAGCAGUAGGUAGAUAGUUAGUCUUAUUCUUUAAGAAAUAUAACUGAGUAUGGUGGAGGAGUGCUGUUCAUGGCUCUGUAAUCAUUACAAAGAUGGUAAGUGGCACUCUGGUCUCUUCCCCUCAUUCCUUAGGUCUAACUGACAUGUGGCCUGAACUCCAAUUUGACUGGCCCUUUGACUUACCUGUUCCAUUUUCUUUGUGCUUUUUCUACCCAUUUUUAUUUCCCUUGUGUCUCUAUCAACAUAAAACAGAACUUAUAUUUGUUAUGCUUGUUAAGUUUGCCCCAAAAUCAUUUUAACCUCCCACAUAAAAUGAACAAAAAAACAGUUGCUUUGACAAUGAAAGGAGUGAUGGGCCACUUAUUAUCACAAAGAAUCAAGAAAAUUACAGUACACGAACAGGUCCUUCAGCCCUCCAAGCAUGCACCAACAUGCCUCCUGUCACAACUAAAACCCUCUACUCUUACGGGGACUGUAUCCCUCUAUUCCCAUCCUAUUCAUCUUUUUGCCAAGACGCCCUUUAAACGUCACUGUUGUAUCCGCUUCCACUACCUCCCCUGGCAGUGAGCUCCAGGCACCCACCAUCCUCUGUUUUAGGAAAAAAACUUGCCUUGUACAUCACCUUUAAACCUUGCCCCUCGCGUCUUAAACCCAUGGUCCCUAGUAACUGACUCUUCCACCCUGGGGAAAAAGCUUCUGACUGUCCACUCUGCCCAUGCCCUUCAUAAUCUUGUACGCCUCUAUCAAGUUGCCCCUCCACCUCCGUUGUUCCAGUGAAAACAACCUAAGUUUCUCCUCAUGGCUAAUGCCCUCCAUACCAGGCAACAUCCUGGUAUAUCUUUCCUGUACCGUCUCUGAAGCCACCACAUCCUUCUAGUAAUGUAGUGACCAGAAUUGAACACAAUAUUCCAAGUGCAGCCUAACUAAGGUUUUAUAAUACUGCAAUAUUACCUGUCAAUUUUUAAACUCAGUGCUUCAGCUGAUGAAGGCAAGCAUGCCUUAUGCCUUGUUGACUACCUUCUCCACCCACGUGUUGCCACUUUCAAUGACCUGUGUACCUGCACACCCAGAUCCCUCUGCCUAUCAGUACUCUUAAGCGUUCUUCCAUUUAAUGUACAUUUUCCAUCUGGAUUAGACCUUCCGAAAUACAUUACCUCACAUUUUUCUGGAUUAAACUCAAUCUGCCAUCUUGCUGCCCAAGUCACCAACUGAUCUAUAUCCACCUGUGUCGAAUUCAGGAACACACUCUUCCACUGCUAUCUUCUGUCUUCUAUGAUCAAGCCAAUUUUUUAAUUCAUCUUGCAAGCUCACCUCUAAACCAAGCAACUUUACCUUCUGUAUCAGUCUGUCAUGAGGGGCCUUGUCAUAGGCCUUACUGAGGCCCAUGUGGACAACAUUCAUAGCACUACCCUCAUCUAUCAUCUUCGUCACUUCCUCAAAACACUCAACCAAAUUAGUGAGACAUGACUUCCCCUUCACAAAACCGUGUUGCCUCUCACUAAUACACCCACUGAUUUUUCAAGUGGAAGUAAAUCUUGCCUCCAAGAAUCCUCUCCAACAAUUUCCCUACCACUAGUGUAAGGCUGACCAGCCUGUAACUUGCUGGAUUAUCCUUGCCACCCUUCUUAAACAAAGGAACAACAUUGGCUAUUCUCCAAUCCUCUGGAACCUCCCCUGUAACCAGUGAGGAUACAAGGAUUUCCCUCAAGGCCUCAGCUAUUUCUCCCUUUGCCGCUCAGUAUUCUGGGGUAUAUCCCAUCAGGCCCUGGGCACAUGUCUACCCUCAUGUUUUUUCAAGACCCCCAAUACCCUACCACCUCUUUGAUCUCAACACGACCCAAACUAUCUGCUCACCCUUCUCCAGACUCCUCAUCCACCAAGUCCUUCUCUGUGGUGAAUACUGAUGCAAAGUACUCAUUUAAUACCUUGCCCGUUUCAUCUGGCUCCACACACAAAUUCCCUUCACUGUCCUUGAGUGCUUGUUCAUUAAGUAACUACACUGACCUAUUUGUAACUCCUUGGAGUAUACACUCAAAGGAAUUGCUGAGGUACAGUUAUCAUUCCCAGUAGCUGCAGUUUUGAAGGUAAUCUACGUACAGUUAACAUUAUUUAUUAAACAUUAAGUUGAAGAUUUACGUAGCUUUGGUAGGGUCAACCUUUAUUACCAAAGUGAUGGUGUUGAGCUUUGUUGUUGAAGGGCUGCCCUCUGUGAUGAAGGAUCUUAAAUGUAUUUCUCCAUGAGAUGUCAUGGUUGGACUAGUAUGUGUUGUACAUCUCUUAUUGCCCUUGAACUAAGUAGCUUGCUAGGGCUGUUUCAGAGGCCAGUUAAGAGUCAACUACAUUGCUGCUGGCCUGGAGUGACUUGUAGGUCAGACCAGUUAUGGAUGACAGUUUUCAUUCCCUGAAUGAUAUCAUGAGUCAAAUGGGUUUUUUGACAAUCAAUGAUAGUUGUCAAGGUCACCAUGACUGGGAUUUGCUUUAUAUUCCAGAUUUAUGAAUUGAAUUUAAAUUGUGCCAACUGCUACUGUGGGAGCAUUAACCCAGGCCUCUAAAUUACUGUUCCAGUGCCAUUGGCACUAAACUGGUGCAGAACUUUAGGAAUUUGAUCCACGGAAGAUGUAGUUCCAAAUCAGGAGUUGGGGAAAGGGAGAAUGUAGGGGAGAAGUUUGAAGGUAAAUUUUGUGAAUGCAGAUCCAUGUUCUAAUGUAUUAAAUUAAUGGUUUUAUCUUUCUUUUUGAUGCUUGAGGUGAGUAAAACAUCAUUUGCAUUAAUAUGAACAAGUCAAUCGUUGGUAGACUGUGCAAUUCAUAACAUGUUUGUGAUAUGUUCUGCAUUCUUAACUGACCUUCAGCUGGAUAAAUAUUGUUGGAACAAUACUACUUAUGAGGCAGAUAAUUUUUUUUUGCAUAGAGGAUACAACUUUAAUGUUGCAUGAGUGUAGGCACCUCCAGGCUCCUUUUUCAAACAGCAUGUGGUAUUUAGUCAGCUUGGUUUUAUGCUCCAUUCAAUUCAAUGGAAAUCAUGAACAAAGUAACAAAUUGGGUAUUAUUUUGAUUCAAUCUGAUCAUGUCGGUUUUCCCAACCCUUAAACAUAUGUCUUCUCAAUUUAUGUAACUUAGGUACAAAACACUCAGGUGUUUUUAAAAACAUGAUAGUGAUAUGUGAGAGUUGAAACUUAAAUUUCUGAAUUGUGAAUGAAUUUAAGAAUUUAGAAAAUAUGCAGUGAUAUAUUCAUAUGGGCAAUUCUAUUAUGAGCAGCAGCAUAAAAAUUUUUAUACUGGAACAAGUUGACAGCAAGUGUGCAAAAGUACAGUAUUUUUGAGAUACUACAGUACAAAGUCAAAUUGAAUAUUACAUAUAAUUAGGUGUAAACCUCAUGGCAUUGGACCAGCGUGGACAACAUGCUGAUUUCAAUUUUUACCCACCUUUGAUCCCGAACAAUGCAUCAGAUGCUUCCAAAUUCAAAUAAAUUUCUAGAUGAAAUAAAAGUUCAUUUUUGUAAAAUUCUUGAAUUUGAGUAAUUUGAAGUCAUUGUAUUUUAAAUUCUUAAGAUUCCGAACACCAGAAAUACUUGCGAGCACCAAUGAAUAGUUAUCCAGCUCUUGUAAACAAUCUUUUCUUCUUGAACAAUAAAAAUUUAUGAUCGUAGAUUUUUAUCCUCACAUCUGCUUUUCCAGGAAGUAACUGUCUUCUAGAAGAUAAGAACAGAAGAGUACAAUUGAUAAUAAACUUGUUUCAAUGUA